CCAUGCUCCCCUGUAUUUUUAAAAGAGCAGCCUAUACCAUGGUUAAAGUGGGCUACUACAUUCACUGACUACAGAUUGCUGCAAUGGUAGAAACUAAUUUUUAAGAAUUAUUUCAAGACUUUAGGGGAGUGCCCCAGCAUUAGAUUGUUGACACCAUCUGACUUAUCAGCAGGCAUUAAGGGUUGUACUGCAUAAGAGUGGACACACCUGCCCACCCCAACAAAUAUCAUCUAAGAAAUAUAGAGCCUGCUGUAUUCACAUCAAACUCAGUUUUAGAAAGCAAGGUCCCACAUAUACAAAUACACGAUUGGUAACAUUGAUGAAAUCUUCUUCAAAUAUUGCGUCAGCCUUUCUCCUAAGACUGCAGCAAUCAGGGACAAGGGUUUGCUUGUAUAUAUGUGAAACACCUUGUGAAAGGGGAUUGAUCCGUUACUAUGCUAUCUGACCUUGGGUCGCCAGUAGGAUGUUUCUACUCCACUGUCACUAGCUAUAGCAAACAUGGCCCAAGAACCUGUUAUUCUUAAUGUUUAUGAUAUGUACUGGAUGAACGAGUACACUUCAUCACUUGGUAUUGGUGUCUUUCACUCUGGUGUGCAGGUUUAUGGUACAGAGUUUGCCUAUGGAGGACAUCCUUUACCCCUGUCAGGUGUUUUUGAGAUAGAACCACGAGAUGCUGACGACCUUGGGGAGCAAUUCAAGUUCAAAGAGGCCAUACCUAUAGGCUACACAGACUUUACAGCCAAUGAUGUGAGAAAGAUCACAGAAGAAUUGGGAAAAGAAUUUCGUGGAGAUCAGUAUCAUUUGUUAAACAAAAAUUGUAAUCAUUUUACAUCAUCCCUGGUUCAGAUACUGUGUGGUAAAGAGCUGCCUAGCUGGGUCAACCGCCUGGCCUAUGUCAGCUCGUGUAUUCCAUUUCUUGAGAGAGCCCUGCCUAAAGAGUGGCUGACACCCAACGCCCUGCAGAAUGUUCUGGAGACUCCGGAUGGAGCGGGGGAGGCUAGCAACAAGAGAUGACUGCUCUUUUCAUCUCAUCUACCAAAGACAAAUUGUGGGGAUGCAGUUGACCAAAUGGGGGGGGGGGGGGGAGUACAGUUGACCUGAUAAUUGGGAUGUCAAGUUGACGCAAUGGUGUGGGUGUGUUGAGCUAUGGGGCAUAUGAGGACCAUUAUCUCAUCUGUUUUUUUAAUUGAUUUUACAAUGUUAUAACAAACAAUUUUUCCCUUGAUUCCCCCCCCCCCCCCACAUUUUCCUGUUGUUUUAUUGCCUGACUGACUGAUGUAAAUAUUGCCUGGAUGUGGACAUGGAAGUUCUGUAACCAGUUUUAAAAUGUUGAAAAUAUUUUAUGAACACCU